ACCAAACGAGCCGCUAGCCUCCUAGGCACUUCUUCCCCUCGGCUCUCGCCGCUUAACUCCUCCCUCCUCAAGCGGCGACUCGCGGCGGCCGGCGGCGGCGCAGGCGCAGGCGCAGCCAUGAACCCGAUCCGAUCGGCCCUCGCGAGGGCGCUCCUCUCCCCGAAGCCCCGCCCGCCGCGCGCCCGCCACUACGCAACCUCCUCCACCGGCGGCGCGACGCAGCCGGAGAGCGUGGCGGCGGAGAUGGUCCGCUACGCCCUCGGCGGAGCCAGGCCCGGUAGCUCGCCAGAUGAGGCGAUGCGGAUACUGGAGCAGGGGGCCUCGAACCUGCAGGGAGGCGGCGAGGGGUGCGGUGAGGCCGUCGGGAUGCUCAUGCUCGCGAUGUCUACGCUGCUCUAUCGGAGUGGAAGACGCCAAGAAGCAAUGGAAAAACUCAAGGCAACCAACCAAGUUGCUCCUGCAGCUUUCAGAGUUGCAGCAUGGGAAGCAACAAUGGGGCUGUGCAUGGAAGCGGGCCAGGUUAUCAACACCUCAGUGUCCCCAGAUGAUUUGGUCGAUCUAUCAAUCAAGGAUGAUAAUAUCAAAUGGUCAGAUCAGGGCCAUCUGAAAUGUCGGGUUAAUGCUAUCAAAGGGCUUAUUGCACUUCUAAAUGGAGAGACGGAAUCAGCCCAGCUGUUCUUCGACGGGUGCAAGGACCUAUGUGCUGGAGUAGGCAAUAAACAAACUGAAAAUGCUGUACUUUCAUAUUGUGAAUAUCUGCACUGUGUUGGGGAUUUUCCUUUGGCUACUCAAAUGUAUGAAAGGGUUCUGGAGGCAUUAACCAUGGAAGACAUGUCUGGAAAUUUUUUAGCCACAUGUAACAUGGUUCCUGAGGAGGUUUCUCUUGGGGCCACCUGUUCAUAUGGCCAGCUUUUAUCACAUUCAGGGAAGUUCAGUGAGGCAGAGGAUUAUCUCACAAGGGCGCUAAAGAAGGCUGAAGAUCAAUUUGGGGCAAAUCACCCAAAGGUUGGCAUUGUAUUGACUUGUGUAGCUAGAAUGUACAAACUGAAAGCAAAAGCAGAAGGUUCUAGCUCAAUAAUGGUUCAGGAGGGGUUAUACAGGAAGGCCCUAGAAGUAUUAAGAGCCCCUGCCAUUAACUCUGAGGGUGUGAGCAAGCAGAUGGAUUGGAGGGACAUCAUCUCCCUUGCUAGAGGAGAGUAUGCAGAAUUGUUGCUUAUUCAGUCAAAUAGAAGAGCCGAAGGUGAACGGAUGAAAGAAUGGGCAGAACAUGCUUGGAGGAAUAGUAGAUUAACAUUAGCUGAAGCCUUGGAAUUUUCAGGACCUUCAAAACCAACAGUUGUUGAUACCCGGAUCGGCAGGGUCAUGUAGCCUCCACAAUCUAACGAAUGGUACUAUGCAAUAAUCUGCGGUUGUAAGCCUGUAAAUGCACCAAUAUAUAUAUGAAUUUCUCCUUCAGAAUUUUGCGCCUAACUGUUUUUAGAAGAAUUUAACAUGCACGGACCCUAAUUGCAUAAAUGAGAUUUAUUGCUCUAGAGCAUGUA